AUGCAGAGAGUGGGUGUGGCCAUGCAGGGAGGUCGGGAGAGGCGGUGUUCACCACGGAAAUACAGGGAGUGGGUGUGGCAGUGCAGAGAGGUCGGGAGAGGCGGGGUGCACCACGAAGAUACAGGGAGGGGGUGUGGUGGUGCAGAGAGGUCAGGAGAGGCGGUGCAGGGAGGUCAUGAGAGGCGGUGCAGAGUGGUCUGGAGAGGUGGUGUGCAACACGGAGAUGCAGGAAGUGGGGAAGCGGGGCAUAAAGGUCGGGUGAGGCGUUGCAGAAAGGUCGAGAGAGGCAGUACAGGGGAGGUCAGGAGAGGCGAUGUGCACCAAGAAGCUGCAGGGAGUGGGUGUGGCAGUGCAGGAAGGUCGGGAGAGGUGGUGCAGAAAGUUCGGAUAUGGCAGUGCAGGGAGAUUGUGAGAGGCGGUGUGCACCACGGAGAUACAGGGAAUGGGUGUGGUGGUGCAGGGAAGGCCGGGAGAGGCAGUGCAGAGAGGUCGGGAGAGGGGGUGCAAGGAGGUCAGGAGAGGCGGUGCAGAGUGGUCGAGAGAGGCAGUGUGCUCCAUGGAGAUGAAGGGAGUGGGUGUAGCGGUGCAUAG